AUGUACGCGGCCACGCUCUUGCUUUGGAGCAACGCGAAGUGAGCGGACACACAGCCGCUCUUAUGAUCUUUUCCGUUUGCAGGCCCGAUGAGAAGACGACAGUGCUUUUAAAUGUACUUACGGUAAAUAAUUGGGACGAAAGGUGGCCGAGCGUCGAAGAGUUUGCCCAGUUUAACCGGAGACUGAAUGCGGCCGAGAUUUCCACGUGUGGAGGAUCCGUCUUGUUCCUGGCCGACUCGUUCCGCAAACUGGCAAUCAUGGCUGGUCAGUCGAAACCCCACGCACACACGUUCAAUUUGUCACUUUUUUCAGCUAUCCGACAUGGCUACAUCUUGAUGAACAGCAUCUACUCGUACUCCCCGGAAGCGGCGAUCAGAGAUGUGCUCGACAAAAUGUGCAACGCGUUCCUCAUUGAAUACGACGUUCUUCUCGUCUACAUGGUGUUCAUCCACAAGGCAAAAAAGGUGAAAUGCCUUUUUUCGUGAUUAAAAUAGGUAUUUUUGUUUAGGAUCUGGGUAAGCCGAAAAAUGCGCCCCCAACUGACGGUGAACUGGUCAUCGAGAAUCUAUUUUUGGAUGCGGAGCUGUUGCAAGUGGCUGAGGAUCGGACGAUGGACGACGCGACGGAACGGACGGCUCAGGAGGCGGAGGCUUACGGAAAGGGACCGGCCGAGGAAUGA